UUGUGAUAAUAAGUUUGCAGUUAAAGUAUCAUUGUCAAAAGAUCGUUUAAGAAAGAAAUUUAGAAGGAAAAUUAUUGAAUUUUGAAUUUAUUGUUCGGCAUUAUUAUUGACUUGAAAAGCAUAUUUUGUCGUUUAUUGUUCAUGCAAAUCACGAUCUGGCUUAUGAAAUACGCGAAGCUGUAUAUUGUUAGUAGUGACACUUACAUGCAGGUGGAUAAGUUUCGGGCAGGUGGCGCACGUGAUAUGCUACUUACGUGUAACAUCCAUUCACUUUGGAAAGAUAUAACGUACUGUUAACCAUGAACGAUACUUCAAGUCUUCUAAAGGAAAUUGGACUGAACAUAUGUGGGCAUACAGACAAAAAGUCUUUUAACUUACUCUACAGGGCGGACACUGAGGUCAAAGUAGAUGAAUUCCAUUCCAAAUGUGAUGGGAAAGGACCAACAGUCACGAUUCUUUAUUUGAAAAACAACACGAUAUAUGGAGGAUAUACAAGCGAAGAUUGGUCUUCGGAGAGGAGGAAAACAAAAGCGGAUAAACACGCAUUUUUAUUCUAUAAGAAUGAUCAUGUUGACGAAAAUUGUGAUUUCAUCCCAAUCGCAGAAAACAUGAAGAGUAAAGCUAUUACUUGUGAUCCCAAUUUCGGACCGACAUUUGGAUGGGGCCCAAUGUUUACGAAAAGUUACGAUCUUCAAACAUUUAAAAAGGAUAGCAAAUCGGAGAGUGAAUGUAGGGACGGCUCCCUAAUUUUGAAUGGCGCAAUGAACAUUGGAUGUGCAUAUAAAACUCAAUCUAGAAAAAUCAGGAGGGAUAUUGUGUCAAACUUGCCUGAAGAAAAAGGGGCGAGAGGGACUUUGGCAGUUCCAGAGCAAACACACGUUACAGAUCCUUUACUCAUAAAACGUAUUGUUGUGUAUCAAGUUGUAGAAAAGCCAUGGAGGAAAUUCCCAACAGAUAAAGAAUUACAAGAAAUGAAAAAGCGUCUUGAAGAUUUCAAACCGGUACCUGGAAUUGGUAUAAAAAAGUAUAACAUACUGCUUCUCGGAGCCAUUGGAUCUGGCAAGUCGAGUUUCUACAACACUCUGGCUACCGUUUUCUCAGGUUCAGUUAAAUUACAUGCCCCUGCAAGAGGCGCGGGAAGAAGUGAUACUAAUGAGACGAUCCUCGCAUAUGAACUUAAAUCUGAAAGUGGAAAGCAUUUAAACCUUCAAAUUUUCGACACAAGAGGAUUCGGGGAAAACAAAGGAUACAACAAUGAGCUUGAAAAAAUUCUCAACGGAAGAUUACCAGUUGAAUUUACUUUUCCAGACCAAUCAGCACCUGUAAAAGAGGAUGAACUGACUCAUGCAAGUUUGGAAAAGGAAAUGCACAUGGUGUGCUUCGUAACAGGAACUUCGAACUUAGACACUAUUACCAACGAACAGCGUAUACAAAUCAAUGACAUAAAAGCCUGUGUAAACAGGAAGGGUUUACCAAUGGUUGCUGUUGUGACAAAAUUUGACGAAUUCAAUGAAAGUAUAUUGGAAGAUGCAAACCAAGUUUAUAGAAGUUUGGAGGCUCGUAAUGCUAUAAAGAGGGUGUCAAACUUCUUUGGAAUACAGGAGAAAUAUACUUUCCCAAUCGUGAAUUACAUAAAUGACGAAGAAAUAAAAGAAGGCAAUGACAGGCUAGCACUACAAGCUUUAGACGCAAUGGUUAGACUGACAAAUGACUAUCUCGAAAACCUUAAAGAUUCAUUGCAGGGUAAGGAAACAGAAGAAAUGAAAAAGCGUCUUGAAGACUUCGAACCGGUACCUGGACUUGGUAUAAAAAAGUAUAACAUACUGCUGCUUGGUGCCAUUGGAUCCGGCAAGUCGAGUUUCUAUAACACACUGGCAACCGUUUUUGCAGGCUCAGUUAAAUCACAUGCCCCUGCAAGAGGCGCGGAAAGUAGUGUUACUAACGAGGUCCACGCAUAUGAACUUAAAUCUAAAAGUGGAAAGUAUUUAAACCUUCAAAUUUUCGACAUAAGAGGAUUUGCGAAAGACAGAGGAUACGACGAUGAGCUUGAACACAUUCUCGACGGCAGAUUACCAGUUGGAUUUACUGUGAGUUGA